AUGACUUUCAAGAUGGCCGCGCCCAAACAGAUUAACAAAACCCGGAAAAGCCAAACGGGAUUUCAAUAUGGCGGAAAUGUCCGACGUCACUACAGUCAGCAGGAUAUAUUUGACAGUCAACAGGAUAUACCCCAGGCCCAGUCAGUCUCUGUAGAGAAUUUCGAGUUGAUUUCCAGUGACAGCUCCCCAUACAGUACUGUCAGUAGUAUACCUACCGACCCGCCUAGCCCUGUAUUUCGUAAGCGUAGACGCUUAGCUCGUGUGGAUGUGACGUCGUCACAGGCAUCAACAAUUCAGCCAGAAGACGUGACAGAUUCUCAGACGUCAGACACGGUCCCUUCUUUCCCAGACUGGUUCAACAUUAUGUACGAUGGGGAUGAGGCCAUAUACACAUAUCACCAUCUAGAUGCUGAUGUUGACAAGGCUGAUAUGCAGAUCCUCAUAUAAAAUUAAGGUAUACCAGAUGUACAAUUUUGAACAAGCUGACAAUGUUUUGAAACCAAGCAUUACCAACCCAUCAGCCGUGAACUGUGUUAUGAAGCUGACCUGGUGUCAAUUUUUUGUUGGUAAAAAUACAUUUCUGUGUAUUUUUUUUCCUGAAAUUCAUCCAAGAUUGUGGUAGAACCUUGUUGGAAUUAUUCCACUGAAACAAAUUGAGGUCUUAAAAACAAACUUUUAACAGAAGACUGAGAUUAUCUAGAGUAUGUACAUGAGUUGGCAGA